AAUGAGUUUCAUCUGCUCUACUCAGCGAACCAUCAUCAUCACUCAUCUUUUCUUUCCUGUUCAAGAUGUUGACACGCUCACGUAGCAAGCAAAAGCAGCCUGUGGACUUUGUCAACAAUUUACCACCAGAAAUUCUCGUCAACAUCCUUUCGCAUUUCACAGUCUUGGAAUUAGCCAAAGUUCAAAGAACUUGCAAGGCAUGGUAUAAAGUCGCGCAAAAUACUCCUUCGCUAUGGAGGAAGUCAGGACCUUUCUUUUUUCGAGUCCCUUUUUAUUCUGGUACAUAUUUCCAAGGAGUCAAAGCUUUAUCGAAGUUAUCCGCAGGCAACUUAGACGAAAUCCGCGCUACCUUUUCUGAUGAAGCCGUCGCUAUAGCCGGAAUGAAAGCAUUCCUAGAGAAUAUUCCAGCCCUGAAUCCAACUUCAUUAUACAUCGGAGGAUUAGGAAGAAGCUGUCUAGACCUUUUUCUACUCAUUGGUAGAUGUAAGAGCCUUCGUGUUCUAAAUCUAUACUUUGAGUUGGAUCCUUCCGAAGCAAAUAAUUAUACGUUCAAGAAUCACCCAAUGACAGGAGGAAAUUUAGAGAGUCUAACUCUGAAUGAAAUUAGUCUCUCUAUGUGGCAAAAAAACGAAGCAUGCAUGUCAGUAUCAUCAUCAAUCAAAAGAUUGUCGCUCGAUUUAACAGACGAUUUAGACGGCGUAGUACACUUGGAUAUGGUUCAUACAUUUGACUUCCUUUAUCAUUGCCGUCAAAGUAUCGAGUAUUUACAUUUCUCCUUUGUCGAUUGCUCCUUAUUCUUCAACGAUUUCUUAGAUGAAAGAACCGGAUUACACAAGGAGCUCGUUUUCCCAAACUUAACGAAAUUACUCUUUAAGAUCGAUUUUGUAGUUGAUGAUGAUGAUGAUAAUCCGCUACCUGACGAUAGAGAAGAGCCGUUUCAUCAAUUCAAUUGCCCACAGGUCGAGGAGCUUAGGCUUCCACACGAGUAUUUUCUAAAGCUCUUCGAUUCUGCGGAGAGUAUCAAAACAGUGGAGCUGGACUGGAAAGUGGAUAAUCUUGCAGAUGCUUUUCAAAGAUUUCCAAAUAUAGAAAAACUAAAAGCAACUUUAUCUUCGCAAGAGAUACUUCCAAUUCUGAUCGAUCAAGUCCCAAGCCAGCUCAAACACCUUGAUCUAUCACUUAGCGCCGGUAUGCCCGAUGAUGAGCUACUCUGCUUUAUUCAGCUCGUAAGGAAGUACGGUGCAAAACAAGAAGGUCGUAAUUUUACGUUGCUACAAGAAGGUGCGACGGAAUUCUGUUUCAUUUCGAUUGUGAUCGAGGACCACAGAGUUUGUUUCUUCGACGAUAAGGCUCGCUAUACUCGCUUAUCAAUGUGCAAGGAAAGCUUUGUUGAAAUUUUUACAUCAUUGCGUCGAGAGUUUUCUGGCUACUACUGAUCGAUUUACGUAUUCGACAGAGCAAUGUUUUGCGUUCAGAGUCAAUACUUAGGCGGAGCAUACCUUCAUGGAUACUUGUUUAUACGCACCUUUACCGAGACCCUUUUCUUUUUUUCGCACUCUUUCAUCUCUUGUGUCCAUCGGCAGAAGUCGUCAGAGCAGUCGAUGAAAAUCAUUCUUGAUCGAAAAAAA